GAGUGAAGGAAACUCUUUCAGCACACUGAUGUGGUGGUCUUGUGUGUUUGUGAAACGCGAUUUUAGUCCGAUGGCAUUGAAGGCAAAAGGGGAGCGUCUCUCUUUAAUAUGUUUAGGGCUAGUUGUGGUAGUAUUGAACUCCUUUGGUCAGUGCGCUGCAGUAACACAAACAAGAUCGUCAAAAUCCUCCAUUGUCCUGGGACCCCAUUUGAAGGGGGAUCUUAACAAUGGUAAAGAGGAGCAGUCUACAGGUGCUGUGCGAUUUGGAAGGCUUAUACUUGGACGUAAUGUCAAACCAAGAAAUGCGAGUUUUUCGACUGAUGAACAUACUGUCUCCAAAGUCCGAUCCUCCAAUGUUUCACUGGAUGAUGCUGACUACCAGUCUGACAUGGGUUGGGAACCUAAGCAGCUGGGAGGACAUGUUUAUGGCACAAUUAGGCCAAGUAGUCCAGUGGUGGAAAGUCUCUUGCAGAUGGAACCAAGUGUUGAAUGUGUUGGCGACUCCAUGAAACUAAAGGUCCAUGACACAGGCUCUACACCAGGCUCUCUCUUUUCUGUGGACCGAGGAAAUAAGUCUCCCCUGCCUCUGUCACAGUUGCCCACAAACUGUGGUCAUUCCAUCAGCACCACUCACCAGGAUUGGAUUUUCAUUGCAAUCUAUAAUGGCUGUUAUGUCACACUGGAGGAUGGUAAUUAUGUUCUGCCUUUGCGUUGGUGGGGAUUGCCAAUUAAAAUGUCCUGCCCUGCCAAAAAAACCUUUAAGCCCAACCCUCCUACUGUAUUCUGCUACCCUGAGGGCAUGGUGGUGAAAAUGGAAGGGGGCACCUCUGCCGAGGAUCUUAGGGUCAAGUUCAAAGGACACUGGCAGCCGUUGAUGAGAGUUUCGCCCCAUUGUGGCUACAGUGUGGUAGCUCAUCUAGAAGCUGUGACCAUUUCUGCUCAUUAUGAACCCUGUGUGGAACUUAAGGAUGGGAUGUUCACCCUUGAACUUGCUGGCGAGGGGGAGGUUAAAGUGUCCUGCCCUAGUCCUGUUGACAAAUCUUUCCCUCGCCUCAAUUACCCCCAAAACCCUGUGUUUCCGGUUCCUCCCACCAUUGCGCUUCAACCAAGUCCAAUGUUUCCUCAGCCUACUUCACCCCCUAAACCCCAGGCUCCACUGCAUCUUUACUACACAAAGCCUGCUGAGAAGCCAAAACCUGCUACUCUGCCUCCUGGGAACCCUCAGUAUUACUUUUCCUUCUACCCUCUGCCUGCAACUUCUCCACCUGCUACCAAAGUUCCUCAGGGCCAUGAACAACAUCCUGACUACCGACAUCCCAAACCUGUAACUGGUUCUCCCCCUGAAGACCCCCAGCCUCCUUGGUAUUCUGAGUCCUUCUACCCUCGGCCAGCUGAGCCAGUUACUCGUAUGCCUGGCGAACUUCCCCCUGCAACAGACGCUCCAAAUGACAAGGUGUACUAUCCUUAUGACCGAUAUCCUUAUGACCCUCAGCCAGCCAAGCCUGUAACUCAUCCUCCUGUGAUUCAAAGGCCUGCUACUGAAAAGCCAACAUCUCCACUGCAUCCUUACUACACACAACCUGCUACUCUUCCUCCUGGGAACCCUCAGUAUUACUUUUCCUUCUACCCUCUGCCUGCAACUUCUCCCCCUGCUACCAAAGUUCCUCAGGGCCAUGAACAACAUCCUGACUACCGACAUCCCAAACCUGUAACUGGUUCUCCCCCUGAAGACUACCAAAUUCCUUGGGAGUUUUUUGACCGUCAACCAGCCAAGCCUGUGACACGUACUCCUGUGACUCAACCUACACCUGCCAUACUUCCCCCUGCUACUGAAAAGCCAACAGCUCCCCUGCGUCCUUAUUACCUGAAACCUGAUACUCUGCCUCCUGGGAACCCUCAGUAUUACUUUUCAUUCUACCCUCUGCCUGCUAAGCCUGUAACUCCUCCCCCUCAAGUGUCUACUCCUGCUACCAAAGCUCCUCAGGGCCAUGUGCAGCAUCCUUACUACCCACAUCCUCUCUAUCCACCACAUCCCAAGCCUGUAACUGGCUCUCCCCCUAAAGACUCCCAAAUUCCUUGGGAUUCCUUUGACCCUCAACCAUUUAAGCCUGCUACGUAUCCCGUGACUCCAAAGCCUACACCUGCUAUGCUUCCCCCUGCUACUGAAAAGCCAACAGCUCCACUGCAUCCCUACUACCCACAUCACUACCAACAGUUCUACCCUGAGCCAGCUAAGCCCAUUACAUUCCCACUUAGGCCUGCAACUCAAACACCAGAACAAACGCCACUUGUAGUCCAUACAUGGAUACCUGCUCCUCAACAACCUAGUCAUCCAAGAACUACUAAAGCACCUCCAACUGUGGCUCCUAGUUCACCUCAGCCAGGUGACUCUUAUCCACCACAUCCUGGGUAUUGUCCUGCAGUCUGCCCUACUGGUUUCUUGACCUGCUGCCCCAUGCCCAUAUCUUUCCAUCAACACCACCACAACCAUUUUGGCCCUGUAACAUCCAAGGAUAGUGGUAUCAUUCCUGCUUACCCUUUCAAACAUACAUCUGACCUGUUCAAUUAUGCUUCAGUUUCUGGACCUACCCAAGCCACUACAACCCCACAACCUAUAACGGUUCAGACCGUUGCCCCCACUAAAAUGACAUUGACUGGUUUCCACGACUACUGGAGUCAGCAUGGAAUGAGGUUUUCAGCCUCCUUGGCUUCGUAUGCCCAAGCACCUAGUGAUGCCAACAAGCCCUCAGAACCCCAACGUCCAAAGCAAUCACAUUUUCAGCCCUACAACCCACAGCAGCCAAUGCGGCCAUAUUUUGAAGCACCUACCAGUGAGUCCAACAAACCUAUGGGACAGCAACAACCAAUUCAGCCAUAUCUGUCCCAUAACCCACAGCGGCUUAUGCAUGCAUAUCCUCUGCCAUACAACCCACAAGGUCCAGUACAGCCACAUGGCCAAGCACCUGUUUAUUCUAACAAGCCCUUGGAACUUGAGCGACCUGCCAGUGAUCCAAGUAAACCAUCUGAACCUCAAUCGCUGUCUAGUGACCUCAACAAGCCCUUAAAACCCCAACCUUCAAAGUGGCCACAUUAUCCUUUCAGACCUCCAAUGUGGUAUGACCCUGACAUGUUCCACGCAUCCAAGCCUCUGCUGCAACCACACCACCAAACCCAACUGUCUGAAUCUGCAAUGCAGAUGCAUAGCACACUUGAACAACUGAGUCCUCAAGAACAUCCACAUGGACCGCUUCAGCCUCCAAGACCAGUCAAGGAACUGGGUGGCUCCCUUCCCAGUAAUUCAAAGGGCAUCUCUAGCCUUCAACGAAACCCCUCAGGCCAUCAAAUGCCUACCCAUUACGGUUCAUUGCCAAUAUAUUAUGCUGGUGCCAAACCAUCCUACCCCCAGAAACCUGCAGCCAAGCCUUCUGGUAAACCCUCCAGACCUAAAUUUCCAGAGUCAUUCGAACACUAUUGGAAGCCCAUUGUGCCACUAGGGCCUAACGAAGGGUUCCAUUUCUCUUACCCGGCCCAGUCCGCAGGAGGUUCUUACCCGGCCCAGUCCGCAGGAGGUUCUUACCCGGCCCAGUCCGCAGGAGGUUCUUACCCGGCCCAGUCCGCAGGAGGUUCUUACCCGGCCCAGUCCGCAGGAGGUUCUUACCCGGCCCAGUCCGCAGGAGGUUCUUACCCGGCCCAGUCCGCAGGAGGUUCUUACCCGGCCCAGUCCGCAGGAGGUUCUUACCCGGCCGCGUCCGCAGGAGGUUCUUACCCGGCCGCUAACUAAAUGGAUGCGCGACCCUUCUCAUCCUUCAGUUAAUGGUGCUGAUGCCGACCAGAAGCGGUCAUGUUUUCCCAAUAAAGUAAUUAACUAACAAGUGCG